UGACUUCACCAAUUCGUCCAAAUAUCAGCAACGCUUCAUGUACUUGCAAUCACACUUUGCUCUCUGCUCUGCUCUUUGCAAUCUCACCUUCCUUCAUUUGCUUUUUCACCUUUCAAAGAAAAAAACAUGGCCCAAUUAGUAGGAGGAGCGCUUCUCUCUGCCUUCCUUCAAGUGUUAUUUGAUAGGAUGGCAUCCCGCGAGUUUGUUGAUUUCCUAAGGGGACAAAAACCGAGUGAUGAACUCUUGUACAAGUUGAAGAAUGUAUUGCUAUCUGUGGGAGAGGUGCUCGAAGAUGCUGAGGACAAACAAGUUACGAAUUCUAGUGUGAAAACAUGGCUUGAUGAGCUGAAGGAUGCUGUCUAUGAUGCAGAGGACGUCUUGGAUGAGAUUGCUACAAAAGCCUUACAAAACAAAUUAGAUGCGGAAUUUGGAGCCAAUAUUGCCAGUAAGGUACGAAACUGCAUCCAUACUUCUCUUUUUUUUAAGAAAAUAGAAGUAAGGAUAAAAGGGGUACUUGGCAGAUUAGAAAAUCUAGCAAGUCAACAGAAUGUCAUGGGUCUAGUACAAGCUAGUACGGUCAGAAGGAAAGCAUCUGAAAGAUUGCCCACUACUUGUUUAGUAGAAGAUUCAGAAAUUUGUGGUAGAAAUGAUGAUGUGGAUGAAAUAAUUAAUAACUUACUUUCGGAUGGUGCUAGUGACAAUAAGAUAGGUGUGAUUGCCAUAGUCGGCAUGGGGGGAAUGGGCAAGACCACCCUUGCGCAGCUUGUGUACAAUGACAACAGCAUCCAAAAGCAUUUUGACCUUGUAGCAUGGGUUUGUGUUUCAGAAGAAUUUGAUAUGUUUAAAGUAACGAAAACAAUUCUAGAAGCAGUAACUUCUUUGACCAGUGAUAUUCAAGAUCUAAAUCGGCUUCAACUUCAACUAAAGGAGAAAUUGAUGGGAAAGAAAUUCCUAUUGGUCUUGGAUGAUGUUUGGAAUAGGAAUUACACUGAUUUGGAGAUAUUAAGCCACCCCUUUAAAUAUGGGGCCCAAGGAAGUAGGAUCAUUGUAACAACGCGCGAUCUUGGUGUUGCAUCAGUCAUGAGUACUUUUCCAAUCCAUCAUCUAAAGGAGUUACAAGAGGAGGAUUGUUGGGAACUAUUUGCAAGACAUGCAUUUCAUGAUGCUAACUCCUAUAUGCAUUCAGACUUUGAAGAGUUGGGUCGACAAAUUGUAGAAAAAUGUAAAGGUCUACCUUUAGCAAUAAAGCUAAUUGGGGCCCUCUUGCGAGACAAAGUUGAUGUUAGUGAAUGGGAUAAGGUUUUGAAUAGUGAGAUAUGGAGUUUGUCAAAUGAAAUUCUUCCUGCUCUAAGAUUAAGCUAUAAACACCUUCCCUCAUAUAUAAAACGGUGCUUUGCUUACUGUUCAAUAUUUCCAAAAGACUAUGCCUUCAAAAAAGAUCAGUUAGUUCUAUUAUGGAUGGCAGAAGGUCUUCUCCACGAAACUGAAAACAAAACAAUGGAAGAAAUUGGUGAUGAUUGUUUUGUCACUCUGGUAUCAAGAUCAUUAUUUCAAAAGUCGAUUGAGGAUGAAUUUAACUUUAUGAUGCAUGAUCUCAUCAAUGACUUGGCAAAAUUUUUAUCAGGUGAAUUUACAUUUAGAUUGGAGGUUGAUAUUUCUCACCGAAUCGUUAACAAGACUCGUCAUGUGUCAUAUGCUAAAGAUAUGUAUGAAAACUUCCAGAAGUUCAAGGCUCUUCAAGAAGCUACGCAAUUGCGUACAUUUUUCGCAUUAGAAUCGUCAACAUGUUGUUUCUACACAACUAAAAAACUAUUGCGUGAUUUGUUGCCAAUGUUAAGUUGUUUACGGGUGGUCUCCCUAUCUAACAAUUGGGAAAUGCUGGAGUUGCCAGAAUCAAUUGGAAAAAUGACACAGUUAAGUUAUUUGGACAUUUCUCAUACGUUACUAAUUGAAAGGUUGCCUGAUUCUUUAUGUAAGUUGUACAAUUUGCAAACAUUGAAGUUAUCUCAUUGUGGAGCUCUUGAAACAUUGCCUAGAGACAUGCACAAACUUGUUAAUUUACGUCAUCUUGAUUUGACUGAAACUCCCAUAAUCGAGAUACCGAUACAUAUGGGCAAACUAAAAUGUCUCCAGACAUUAACCAUGUUUGUCGUUAGCAAGCGCACUGGGUCUAGCAUUAGAGAAUUGGGAAAGCUUGCAAAUCUUCGAGGAGCACUUUCUAUCUUGGAUCUUGAAAAUGUUGAAUCUUUGACCGAUGCACAAGGUGCAUGCUUGACGAAUAAAAGGAACCUUAAAGAGUUGGCAUUAAACUGGACAGCAGGUUCAAAUACUGAGAUUUCAGAAAGCCAAAGAGAUGUACUCAACGGUCUCCAACCAUACAGAAACCUGAAAAGUCUCACUAUAAAUUACUACAUGGGCGGAGGUUUUCCAACUUGGGUAGGAAAUCCUUCAUUCUCUAAUGUAACAUCUAUUCAUCUGAGAUAUUGUAAAUAUUGUUGCAGCUUACCAGCACUUGGGCAGCUACCCUCUUUACAAAAUCUCUCUAUUGUUGGUUUUGAUGGAAUUGUAGUAGUGGGUGAAGAGUUAUACGGAAGUACUGGUUCUUAUUAUAUUAAGUCAUUUGGGGCAUUAAAAGUUUUAAAAUUUGAGCAGAUGUUGAAUUGGGAGAAAUGGAUUUCCUUUGGUGCUGAAAAUGAAGGAGCUUUCCAUCGUCUCGAGGAGCUUUAUAUUCGGAAAUGCUCAAAGCUAAUGGGAGAUCUGCCUAUUCACCUUCCUUCUUUGGGUAUUCUUGAGAUUAUGGACUGUCCGAAGAUGCUGGCUUCACUCCCUAGGGCUCCGGCUAUAUGUCAAUUGAAGUUGAAGCUGACAAAUUGUAACGAGGAUAUAUUAAGGGAAUUGCCAAUUCAUGUAAAGAAGAAGCUAACAAUUGGAGGAUUUGAUGCUGUGGAUAUGAGUAACAUUUUCUCACAUAUGUCUAUUCCAGUGGGUGGUCUACCCUCUGCAUUAAAAACUCUUGAAAUAAACAAUUGUAAGAAAUUGGGGCUCCCAACAAACUUGUACUAUUCAUGCCUUGAAGUUUUGAAAUUGUUCGGUUGUGAUUCUCUGCAGUCCAUUCCAAUGGAUUUAUUCCUAAAUGUCAAGGAUCUGAAAAUCCAAAGUUGUAUGAAUCUAGAAUCUCUUACCAUUGCAGAACAACAUCAACAUGAUUUAGUGGCCUUGUUGUCUCUAACUAUCGAAGAGUGUCCUAAUUUUGGGUCGUUUCCGAGAGGAGGAUUGCACGCCACCAAUCUUGGGAAGUUACAGAUCCAUUAUUGUGAGAGUUUGAGAUUGCUACCUGAUAAGAUGUACAUGCUCCUUCCAUCUCUUACUCAAUUUUUUAUAUUCCGGUGUACAAAUAUUGAGACACUUCCAGAAGGGGGCUUGCCUUCCAGUCUGAAUUUCAUUGAUAUUUGGAAUUGUGAGAAACUCGUUGAGAGUCGGAUGGAGUGGAAUUUGCAAAAUCUUGCCUAUCUUAGAUAUUUGAAUAUUAGAGGCGGAUCAGAAGAUGUGGUGUCUUUUCCAGAGAAGGGGUUGCUUCCCACAAAUCUGAUCAUUUUGGAUAUUUGUGGAUUCCCAAAUUUGACGUUGUUCGACAAGAAAGGAUCUCUUGUUGUCCUUUAAUGAAGAGAAGGUGGAAAAGAAGAAAAGGAAAAGAAUGGCGCAGGCUGCUUGCUCACAUCCCCUACAAAAUAGUUGAUGAUGAAUUGAUUGAGUGAGCCAACCAAAAGUCUAUCAAAACAUGGGUAAGGUAUUUACUCUAUUAUAGAUGUUAUACCAUUUUGAUCUCGUUUAGCUUUGCGUAGAUGCUAUUUUUGAUGAAUCACACACUACAUAAAGAGUAAUAGUAAAGAUCAGUCACCACCAAUACUAGCGGACCUAAAUAUUAAUCAUAAUUUUUUGAAGAUUAAAUACACCCUUGUUUUUAAUCAUAAUUUUUUAAAUAUAGAAAAUGGCCCCCCAAAAAACAUUUAUAAUCCCAUAUGCUUUGCAAAAUUUUAUAAAAUUUCAAUAUAUUUAGAUAUGCCUCCCCAAUUUUUUUUGUAUAGUCCUACAAUUUUGUAUAAUUUCUAUAUAUUAUUUAUUUUCAAGAUUGUGGUCUCACUAAAAUUAAAUCAAAACUAAGUUUAAGAGAAAUAAUAAAAUUAUUAAUAUGGAUCCCGAAAUUUUUGUUAUACAAUAUUAGGCUUCCUAAUAUGGAAUCCAAAGUGAGAGUAGAAAGUAUUAGGAAGCCUAAUAUGGAGCACGAAUCCUAUUUUCUAUGAGCAUAUAGAGUUGGAUUGCCAUUUUGUUUGAGAAAAGGCCCGACCUAGAGUCAUUACCCCUGUCCACAUAGCCUCAAAAUUUCAAUUGGCAGACAUCUUCACUAAGGCUCUAUCAUCCUCUUAUUUUCAGUUUUUAUUGUCCAAGAUGGGAAUCCUAAACAUCUCUGCCCAUCUUAAGGGGAAGUAUCACGAAAUGAGGUAUGAUGGGAAGGAUCACAGACAAAAGGAAUACAAAGGAUUAGGAAGUCUAAUAUGGAGCACACAAUGUAAUCAAUGGCUCCUAUGUCCAUGAUCCAUGGUGUGCUGUGAACAUCAUAGUGCUUAGGAUGAGAGGGUGAAUUGUGUUUAUGAGGGUGCAAAAUGUUGAAUUGAGAAGGAUUAGUGAAGGUGGAGAGAUAGUGAUUAUUACUUGCUAGGUUUGAGUAAGGAGUGAUCAAGGGAUCUAGUUCUAAAGUUGAUGGCUUGAUAGAGGCUGGAGUAGGCAAUAUGGCUUGACAAGGUCCAUAAGAUGUUGUGCUUGUGCCUGAGAGAGGUUCAAUUGAGAAAUACUUGGAGUGGGUGCUUCAUGAGGUGAACUAGUAGUUUGAGCAGUGACUUGAUUUGCAGCAUAAGGUGCAGCAGAGGUUCCUUUGGUUUUGGCAAACUUGAAGUUUGGUGGGAAUCCCACCAAUCUAUAGCAUUUAUCUUUCGUGUGCCCAACCUUGCCACAGUGGUGCCAAACCAAUUCCGACUUAUCCUUUUUCUUUGAAAAAUUUUAAUAGGCAAGUAGGGCAAAGGGUUUUGAGGUAGGCAAGGCUGUGUUUCUUGCUUGCCUUUGCCUUUUCUCUUGCAAAAUCAAUGAAAAAGUCUUAUCUAAUGAGGGCAAAGGACUUAGAAGAAUGAUUUGUCCCCUUACAACAUCAUAGUUGUCAUUCAAACCGAUUAGAAACUUAAACAUAUAGUUUCUUUGUUGGGCUUCACCAACCUUUUUCAAAGUAUCACAGGUACAUUUACCACAAGAACAACAUGGAAGAGGUCUAUAGCUAUAUAGUUCUUCUCAAAUGGCAUUAAACUGUGUGAAAUAAUCACUUAUAGAGAUGUGUCCUCGCAGAAUGCCACUGAGCUUGUGUUGAAUGUGAUAGAUUUGAGCUUCAUCAGGUUGUGCAAAACGUUCCUUGAGCUUGUCCCAAACCUGUUUAGCUGAAGUCAUAAAAAACACAUUAGAUGGAAUGUAUUUGGAGACAUAAUUCAGAAUCCAUGCAAGGAGGAUGUUAUUGCAUCUUAGCCAUGAAAUGUAGGAAGGAUCUGAUAGGUUAGGGAUGGUGAUUGAGCCAUCCAAAAAACCUGACUUGUUCUUGAUGGAGAUGGAAAGUAAAAAAGAUCUGCUCCAUGAGAUGUAGUUUGAACCAGUUAAUGGGGGUAAUACAAUGACAGUAUUAGCAUUGUCACUAUGGUGUAAGAAAAAUAGGCUAUUUGGAUCCUCAAUGAGAGAAGAAGGAGAAGAGGAAGAGGAGGAUAGCAGGAUAAAAUUCUUGCUCUGAUACCAUGUUAAAAACAUAAUAGAAACUCAAAAUAAAGAGAUGGUGAGCACUGAAGUUCCUUUCUCAUUGAUAUGUUUAAAUGAUACAAAAAUAGUAGAUAUAUAUACAUUACAAAAGCUAGAAAGAAAGAGUUCUAAAAUUAAUUUUUGAUCUUCUGUUUGUGUACAAGUAAUCAUCUGCAACAGUAUGGACAGUAGUAGAGGUAAUGCUUUGACAUUGAGCUUCCUGAUAUCUGCAUUCUAUUGUAGCUAUGUAAUUCAUAAUUCAGACUUGCUUUUCUAUGCCAGUGCCUUUUUACAUUCCUACUGCCUUUUCAGUUCAUGUGUGUUGCAAUAUGCUUCUCAUCCACUUUUUCUGUUGCACGUAUUUCUUGUGUGUUGCAAUAUGAUUGCUUAGUUACUUUGUAUUCCUUUUGUUUAUGAUCCUUCCCAUCAUACCUCAUUUCAUGAUAUGGUGAUCUAUGUGAAAAAUAGUUGAGGUGUUUUAUAGUUUAGACUUUAUUGAGCAAGAAAAAAGUUAUUUAAGAUCUCUUUUAUAAUAUUAUAGGCUUAGUGUGCUUGAAAAUAUCUAGAAUUUAUAUAUUAAACUUAAUAAACUAACUUACAUACUAGAAUAAAAGAUGACAUUCUAAAAGAUCACUUGAUAGUUUCUAUUAAGCAAAUAAAUUCUAAAUAUUUCAUUAUAAAAAUAAUAAUUGAAUAUUAUUCCAUGAAACAUUAACGUCAAAAAUCUAAAACAUAUAUUAAGACAUUUUAUUUUUAGAAUUUUAUUUCUACGUGUAUAUGGCAUAUUAUCGAGAUCUAAUUUUAUAUAUAACUAUUUUUUUUUUCAAUCUCAAUGAGUCACAUACUUGAAAAUUUGGCUCCCUUCAAAAAAAUUGCUGGUUGCGCCAUUGGUUGCUACUAUUUUUUUGUCUCUUUGGAUGUCAGUGGAGCUGUUGUCAAUUUAGGGAUAGGAGGCAAAACCAUUAUGUUGAUCGGAAGCUCAGAAUUUUGAGUAGAAAAAACAUUUUGGAUGACUGUAAAAGCAAGGGACUACCUUGUUCUAUUUUUUGUUUUUCAUGGUUGGUCUUCCAUGUGAUAUUUUUUUUUUCACUUGUUAAUUUGCAGACACGUGACAUGAUCAAUGUGGGCAGGAGUAAAUUGACAUUGAAAUCAUGAAAAAUGACUGUUCAUCUACACUGAAGUUUUGCCUUGUCAAAUUGUAACAUGUUGGAAGCUGAGAAGAGUUGAGAUGAGAAGCUAAUAUAUUAGCAACUAACAAGUGGAAUUGGAACAUUCCGUGGAACGAUGUUUUAGAAUGCUAGUUAACUUUCAGGAUACGACGACAAUUGGCUUUAUAUUGAAACUGUUUUCAUUGCAACUGUUCCCUUUUUUUUUUCAUGAUCUGUUGGAUUUAUGUAGUUUGCUUGAUUCAGAAAUUCAAUUAUUGUGAUUUCAAUUCGCCCUCAAGUACUUCUGCUCCGAAUUGUAAUGUUUCAAGUGAUAGAGACAUAUAAAGUGAAUUCUACAAUAUCUAUCGAACAAUUCUAUCA